UAUUACGUUAUAUAUAUGACGUUUCCAGGAGCAGCAUGCACAGCUGAGUGCAAGACCGACCCAUGCGCGUGCGGUACCGACUGCAAGUGUAACCCGGACGAUUGUGCGUGCGACACGUGCAAGGUCAAGAAAACGUGCAAGUGUUCAGGUUCUUGCGCGUGUGGCAAAGGAUGCACCAGUGGCGAGACAUGCAAGUGUGAUGACUCCUGCACGUGCAAAUAGCCAAGCCUCAAGUAAAUGCGCUCACGUGACUUCCGAUGACAGGAAGACAGCAUGAGAGGGACCAACUCUAUUUUUUGUCGCACUGUUACCUGCCGCUGGCAUGAGAUGGAUGUGGAGUGAUAUGGUGAAACCAACGUUCCAAGGUUGACAAUUUGCAGAGACGCGCGGGAGGAGAACAUUUCCACACAGCAUAUUCAAAUCCCUUCAAGCACAUUAAAGCUGGCUUUAUAUUGUU